CUACACUUGUUACUGGUGUCCUGAGCACGAAGAGGGGCGAGUGUGGGAGCCGCCGGAGGGGGGAUUAAAACAAGCAGCUUAGGGGGUGGGGCGGGGAAAGCAACAAGGAAAAAAAACCUCAAACCCCAAAACCAAAAAAAAAAAAAAAAAAAAAAAAAAAAAGCCAGCCAUUUCCCCCCCACUCACAUAUCCAGCCAGUCUUCCGAGAGAGGCAGCAACCUCCCAGCUCGUAACGAAAAGGGGAAAAGCCAAAAACCAUGAGCAAUCAGUACCAAGAGGAGAGCUGCUCUGAGAGGCCUGAAUGCAAAAGUAAAUCUCCAACUUUGCUCUCUUCCUACUGCAUAGACAGCAUCUUGGGCAGGCGGAGUCCCUGUAAAAUGAGAUUGCUAGGAGCUGCUCAGAGCCUGCCUUCUCUAUCUAACCGGACAGAUCAGGAUAAGGUCGCGCAAGCAGGCUCCCCGAAGGGCAGUAGUCCCCAGUUCGAAGCCGAACUUCAUCUACCCCCCAAGCUUAGGCGCCUCUACGGUCCGGGAGGGGGUCGCCUCCUGCAAGGAGCUGCGGCGGCGGCGGCGGCGGCGGCGGCAGCAGCGGCAGCGGCGGCGGCCGCCGCGGGACCGCGCGGGGAGCCCCAGCAGCAGAGGUCGGGAGACAGACCCGACGGGGCCGGAGUCGGUGCCGGGGUUGGGGCCACCUCUGCCUGGGACACGCUCAAAAUCAGCCAAGCGCCACAGGUUAGCAUCAGCCGCAGCAAGUCGUACAGGGAGAACGGGGCCCCCUUCGUGCCGCCGCCGCCCGCUCUGGACGAGCUGGGCAGCAAGGGAGGCGCCCCGCACCCCGACGACAGGCUGGGGCAAGUAGCUUCGGCUGCUGCCGCCUCCUCGGGUCCUCCAGGCCCGGAGGACGAUGAGGAAGAGCUGCUAGAGGACGAAGAGGAAGACGACGAAGAAGAAGAAUUGCUGGAAGACGACGAGGAGGAGCUCCUGGAGGACGACGGCAGGGGCCUCCUGAAGGAGCCCAGGCGCUGCACGGCUGCCACCGCCGCUGCCGCUGCCGCCGCUGCCGCUGCCGCCGCAGCCGCAGCCGCCGCUGCCGCGGAGGGCGGGGAGCUGUCUCCCAAAGAGGAGCUGUUGCUGCACCCGGGCGAGGACGGCGAGGGCAAAGACGGCGAGGACAGUGUGUGCUUGUCUGCUGGCAGUGACUCCGAGGAGGGCCUGCUCAAGAGGAAGCAGCGGCGUUACCGCACUACCUUCACCAGUUAUCAGCUGGAGGAACUGGAGCGGGCUUUCCAAAAAACCCACUAUCCCGACGUUUUCACCAGGGAAGAGUUGGCUAUGAGAUUGGAUCUUACAGAAGCCCGAGUCCAGGUCUGGUUCCAGAAUCGUCGGGCCAAGUGGCGAAAAAGGGAGAAAGCAGGAGCUCAGACACAUCCUCCAGGUUUGCCUUUUCCUGGCCCUCUCUCAGCAACCCAUCCCCUCAGUCCAUAUCUGGAUGCCAGCCCCUUCCCUCCUCAUCACCCAGCUCUGGACUCAGCCUGGACUGCUGCUGCUGCUGCAGCUGCUGCCGCCUUUCCCAGUCUACCUCCUCCACCUGGUUCUGCAACUUUGCCACCAAGUGGGACUCCACUAGGCCUCAGCACUUUCCUGGGUGCAGCAGUAUUCCGGCAUCCAGCCUUCAUCAGUCCUGCAUUUGGAAGGCUCUUCUCCACUAUGGCUCCCCUGACUAGUGCUUCCACCGCUGCCGCCCUACUGAGACAGCCCACUCCCGCGGUGGAUAGCGGAGUGCAGUCAAGUGCGCUCUCAGACCCCGCCACAGCUGCCGCAGAUAGACGGGCUUCAAGCAUAGCAGCUCUGAGGCUGAAAGCAAAAGAACACGCCGCUCAGCUGACACAGCUCAAUAUCCUCCCUGGGAACAGCACAGGGAAAGAGGUGUGUUAAAAUCCGACCCAGCACCACCACCGAUAAUCAAAUAAAAGGUCACCUCAAAUAGCACCAAUCAAGACCAAAUGGAAAAAAAAAAAAAAAAAAAAAAAAGAAAAAAAAAAA